CUCCCACAUCUUUGCGUAACAUAACAGCACGGGCGACUGGCUAUGGCGGUCUCGGCCUCCACGAAAAGGGCGAUUGUGGACGUUGCUAUCUUUGUGGCCUCCCAAGCCGCCUUGUAUUACACACUAAGAUGGGUCAUGGACACCAUGUCACCCGUCGAACGGAAGGAGGUGAAGCAGAAGAGCCUGAAAGCCCUGGAGAGCUUAGGACACAAGGACCUCAAACUGGAUGAAUAUGAAAGCCAAAUUGCUUCCGAGGUCAUACACCCAGAUGACAUCGACGUUCGAUUCACCGACAUUGGUGGCCUGGACCCCAUCAUUUCCUCCCUGCGCGAGUCUGUCAUCUUCCCGCUCCGCUUCCCGCACCUCUUCGCCUCCUCAUCCCUCCUCGGCGCUCCCAAGGGCGUGUUGCUCUUCGGUCCGCCAGGUUGUGGCAAGACGAUGCUUGCAAAGGCGCUCGCAAAGGAGUCCGGCGCAACGUUCAUCAACAUCGCCGCGUCCGUACUCACGAACAAGUGGUACGGCGAGUCGAACAAGCUCGUCGCGGGUCUCUUCUCGCUCGCGCGCAAGACGCAGCCGAGUAUUGUGUUCAUCGACGAGAUCGACUCCUUCCUGCGCGAGCGCACGAAGGGCGACCACGAAGUCACGGGCAUGAUGAAGGCUGAGUUCAUGACACUCUGGGACGGCCUCACCUCGAGCACCGACCGGAUACUAGUCCUCGGCGCAACGAACAGGCCGAAUGACAUUGACUCUGCCAUCCUCCGCCGCAUGCCCAAACGUUUUUCGAUAGGCCUGCCAGAUGUGGAUCAGCGCGAGAAAAUCCUCAGCCUCAUGCUUACAGAUACCCCCCUCGCGCCUGAAUUUUCAAUCCGGUUACUCGCGGAGCAAGCAGACGGCCUGUCAGGUUCUGACUUGAAAGAGCUGUGUCGAAACGCGGCGAUGCGCCCCAUGCGCGAGUUUAUGCGACAGGCCGACGGCGACCACGAGAAGCUUGCCCAAAGCCAGAACGACGGAUUCAAGCUGCGACCACUAACGAUGGACGACUUCUUCCAGCUCGACGGCGCGAGCGUGCUCCCUGUCGACUAGCUACGUUUAUAACGCGGGUUAUGAAGGACAUGAUACCUU